AAACUCAGAAUUAAAAUUUUAGAAUUUAAUAAAGGCCAAUCGUCAAAUAAUUUUCAAAAACUCAACACUGAAGGUUUAACACAACAAGUUCAAAAAGGUAUUCAAAUCCAAACAAAUAUAACUACUAAAGAAAAUAUGAAUCAGUCAUUGAACAUACAAGAAGCUCAGAGGUAUCCAACAAUUACUGGGCCAGCAAUGCCUCAACAUACUAGCAUACAACAGACUACGGGUUACCAGUCAACAUUUCAGAAUAGACCACAGACCUCUGUCCAUCAGACAACUGUUCCUCAAUCUAUACCACAUACGAUUACUCAAAUUGGAUCGCAAACUUCAAAUCCUCUGACUGGGCCACAACAGACAGUUCAUCUGUCAGUGUUUCAGAAUAAACCACAGUCUUCGGGUAACCAGACAACGGUUCAGAAUAGGCAGGCUUCGGACUAUAAUAUAGCGGCUCAUCAAAUUGGACCGCAAAUAGAUAAUCUUUGGAGUAGACCACAAUCAUCAGUUCACCAGAAAAUGGUACAUCAGGGUCGACCACAUAGCUCGGGCCAUCAGGCAACUUUUCUUACAUCUAUACAUCAUAAGAUUCCUCAGUCUGGAUCGCAAACAGCUAAUCCUCUGAUUAGACCACAACCACCAGUUCACCAUACAAUGUUUCAUAAUAGGCCAGAGACUUCGGUCCAUCAGACAACUGUUCCUCCAUCCAUACAACAUGAACUUUCUCAACUUAGAUCGCAAACAGUUAAUCCUCUGAUAAGACCACAACCAACAGUUCAGCAGACAACGGCACAAACAGUGUUUCAUCAAACAACAGCACCUCCGUCUAUAUACCAUACUAUUACUCAAAUUGGAUCGCAGACAGAACAUCCUCCGACUAAUAUAAUGUCUCUAAGAUUCGAUAUAGAUAAUAUAAACAAAAUUGUUAGCAAUAUGGAACAAGAAGUAGUAAAGUUUCAUGAAAAUCCAUCAUUUUAUUUCGACACUAUAUUAAAGUUGGAGGAAUUUUUAAAGCAACUAAGUCAGAUAUCCAAAAGACUAUAUUUAUUAAGAAACGAAAUAGUUUUACAAGAAUUGAUAUCACUUUUGGUACAACAAAUAAUAAAUUUAAUCAAUGGGAUAAAAGAAAUAAACAGGUUAUUGGGAUUGUUUCCAAGGAACUUCGAGUAUUUGUUGGAAAAGAAUACGCCGGAAUUCAAUUUAUGGUUAAAUAAUAUUAAAAAAGAAAUACAACUUUUACUUGAAAAAAUGUUAAAAGAGAAUGAAACAAUUAAAAAUAAACAAAUAAAAUUUUUAACUCAAAAUAAUCAAAGCAGGCAAAAACAGAGUCAAGGUAGUUCAGAAACUUUUAAUGCUUCCAGAAAUAAACAUAAAUCUACUACUAUUACUAUACCAUUAAUAGAUUUGACAGAAGACGAUAUUGAAGAAAAUGAACAAACAGGUUGA